CUCACACGCACAAAACACACAGUGACUGAAACAGACAUUCUCCCCAAUCAAUGCAACGCCACCUCUGCUAUAUGCAUAAUUCCAAUUCGGAGAUUUUGUAGUAACCUCAUUUCCCGUUCAUAUUUGUUGAGUUGGUAAAUUGGUGAGGUGAUGGAGAUCACAGAAGAAGAAGCAGUGAUUGUCAAUUCCAGUAGAAUGAAAUCUGUUGUAUGGAACGACUUCGACAGAGUUAAAAAAGGCGAAACUUUUGGUGCUAUCUGUCGCCAUUGUAAAAGAACACUCAGCGGGUCCAGUACCAGUGGGACGUCUCAUUUGAGAAAUCAUCUUAUCAGGUGUCGUAGACGUUUGAACCAUGAUAUAAGCCAGUUGUUGACGAGGGGAAAGAGGAAGCAAACCACCUUAGCCGUUGCCAACUUAAGUUAUAAUCAAUCCGCCGUGAGGAAUGAGAUGGUAACAGUGGCAAGUGCAAAUUUUGAACAAGGGGUGGAAGUUAGAAAUAUGAAUGUGGAAAGCUUAAAUCUUGAUCAAAGGCGGAGUCAGCUAGAUCUUGCACGCAUGAUUAUAAUGCACGGAUAUCCUUUGGGUAUGGUUGAGGAUCUUGGCUUCAAGACCUUUCUUCAAAACCUCCAGCCAUUGUUUGAUUUUGUGACAGUUAAUGGAAUUGAGGCUGACUGUAUAGAGUUAUAUAAAAGGGAGAAACAAAGAGUGUACGAGGAGUUGGAUAAAUUACCUGGGAAGGUCAGCCUUAGCGCAGAUAGUUGGGCUACAAAUAGAGGCUCGGAUUAUCUUUGCUUGGUAGCACAUUUCAUUGAUGAUUCUUGGGAAGUAAAGAAGAAGAUUUUGGACUUUUUUUCUGUUGAUCCUUCUGAAGCGGAAGACAUGCUCUCAGAAUUGAUCAUGACAAGUCUUAGGAAUUGGGAUAUCGAUCGAAAGUUGUUCUCACUGACUAUUGAUAAUCUUGGGACAUACGACAAAAUUGUAUGCAGAAUCAGAGACCAACUCUGUCAGCACAGGUUCCUUAUGUGUGAAGGACAAUUAUUUGAUGUAAGAUGUGCAGCAAGUACGGUGAAGUUAUUGGUCCGAGAUAUCCUGGAGACGUCACUUGAGAUAACCAACAAAGUGCGGAAAACCAUACAGUAUAUUGACGGUUCUCGCGAAACACAAGAAAAGUUCAGUGAGAUAGUACAGUUAGUUGGUAUCAAUGGACAGAAAUGGCUGUCCACCGACAAUCCAUUUCAGUGGAAUUCUAUGUAUGUGAUGCUCGAAACUGCUUUAGAGUAUAAAGAAGCCUUCCCUCAGCUGCAAGAACAUGAUCCUGGCUUUUCAAUGUGUCCUUCUGGCAUAGAUUGGGAUAGAUUGAGGGGCAUUACGAGCAUCUUGAAGUUCUUUCAUGAAGUGUCUAAUGUCUUUGUUGGGCACAAACUUGUCACUGCAAAUUCCUAUUUUGCUGAAAUUUGUGACAUUCAUUUACAGUUGAUAGAAUGGUGCCAUAAGUCAGAUGAUUUUAUCAGCUCGUUGGCAUUGAAACUGAAAUCAAAAUUUGAUGAGUAUUGGAAGAAAUGCAGCUUGAUUAUGGCUAUUGCAGCCAUCUUAGAUCCACGAUUCAAGAUGAAACUGGUGGAGUAUUAUUAUCCCCAAAUGUAUGGUGAUAGUGCUCCUGAUUGCAUAGACAUUGUUUCAAAUUGUAUGAAAGCUCUUUACGGUGGUCAUGCUAGCUAUUCAUCUUUAGCUGCUCACGGUCAAAACUUGUCUUCUGAAAGUAAUGGUAAUGUUGCUAAGGACAGGCUUAGUGGGUUCGACAGAUUUCUCCAUGAAACUUCAGCUAGCCAAAACACAAAAUCAGACUUAGACAAGUAUUUAGAGGAACCACUCUUCCCUCGUAGUGCUGAUUUUAGUAUAUUAAACUGGUGGAAAGUUCAUGAACCAAGAUAUCCUGUGCUUUCAAUGAUGGCACGCAACAUAUUGGGGAUUCCAAUAUCAAAAGUUGCACCGGAGUCCCUAUUUGAUAUUGGAGAUAGAGUCCUUCAUCAUUCUUGGGGUGCCGAGAAGUCUGAUACUCUGCAAGCUUUGAUGUGUUCUCAAGACUGGAUACAAAAUGAAGUGGAAGAUCCCAAAACUCCGGUGUUUGCUUUGCCCGUUGAUGCAAAAUAGCAAAUCUAUGUCAAUCGAUCGAGCUUCUUGUUCCUUUGAGUCAAAACUACGAAGUAGUUGUUACAUAGAAGAUAAAUGUUUUGCUGCCUGUCCAAAAGUAUCAUGACUGUACAGACUAAACAUAUUCACAGCUUCUUCAUGGAGAUACACAUACAACAGUUGACCACGUACAACGCUAUCAGAGACGGAAAAAGGUCAGUGCCAUAUAUCUCCCCACAACCCCACCCCAUGGUUGCUUGAGAAUUAUUGGAGGUAGGCUGAGCACCCAAAGUAGGUACAAUGUUAGUGGGACCUUUCCAACCCGUUGUUUUCUUGUCUGCUUUCGUUCUUCCGUUUAUGUCAAUACAAGCACUAUGGUUGUGCACAGUUUGGAGAGCCUACCACUCUUAACCUCUAAACACACACACUUUGGUUAUGCUGAAAGAAUGUCAUUUGCCAUUGUGUGGAGAUAUUUGCUCAACGAAGGUGGAAAAGUGGGAGUCUUUUUCUUUUGCAUUAAUAGAAAUUUGGUGUUUUUUCCAUCUUUUUCUAUGGGGAAAAUCCCUUUUAUGUUAAGCAUAACUGUCUAUCUCUUUUCUGACAUAUUUUGUUAGUGCUUUCUUUGUAGUCUUAUGAUUGUAUAGUAUUUGAGUUGACCAUUUUUAAGAUUCUAAUUUUGCCAAUUUUGAAACCUUGAAAAAGGGUUGUGAUUCUUGGUUAUGAUUCAAGACAUGUGAUUGAAAGUUAU